AUGCAUUACUAUAUGCUGGCCGCGCUGCUCAACGCGGCCCUGGCCACCGGUCAGCGGCACGCGGUGUUCGCCGGCCGCCGACUACAGCAGUGGCGACAGACCGGUGACCGGCCAAACUACCUGAACAUGUUGGCCGGCGGCGGCGUGUUACCCCGCAGGGUGUGGACGCGGCAGGCCGACGGCCAACCACAGCGCACGACGACGACCCGCAGACGUCGCUUCCCGACGUCCAACGCGAGCCCGGUGUUGGGCCACUGGAGGGCCCUACACGACAAGCUGGACGUGCAGUCCAUGUGGCCAGGCACGGGCAAGUACGCGAACGAGAUGUACUUGCCGGCCACAACGGUAAGUUAUAUUAUUACUGCAGCAAAAUGCAGUGAUGCACCAUCAGUGCAAUACGCAUAUUCUCGUAUAAUAUAA